AUGGCGGAUAGGGUAAUGGUGAGUUCUGUCUGCUGGGUUCCGCGCGGCCGCAGCGCACAGUUUCCAACGAGCUGCAUCAUGGAAGACCAAGAGGUCUCUGAGCUGUUGCAGCAGCAGUCUGAGGAAGCCAGUAAAAGCAGCAGUAAGAAGGAACAGAGGAAAAAGCAACAGAAACUCCUGCGCCAGCAGGCAGUUGCGGAGGAUGAAGAAAGUGAAGCUGAAGAUUCGGAGAGCGAAAUGCAGGAAGACGAUGAAAGUGACGACGACGGCAUGUUGGAAGGCGUCUUUGGGGUGUUUGCCUCGGACGGUGCCGCUGCUCUGGGGGAGGGUGCUGCGCGUCUCUCCGCAGCAGAUGAGGCCGAGGAGGAUGAAGCAAAUAUCAUUCUGGAUUCCGAUUUAGUCCUGGUUGCUGCCUCAACAGAAAGUGAUUUCAGUAGCUUAGAGGUGUACAUACACGACGUACAGCGGGGCAGCCUUUAUGUCCACCACGACCUCAUGUGUGGGGGCUUCCCUCUCUGUUUGGAGUGGCUCGGGAUGAUGCCAGGAGCUCAGAACCGCAAUUUGGUCGCGGUUGGAAGCUUUGAACCGCUCAUUCAGAUAUGGGACUUGGACAUUCUCGACUCUCUAGAACCUGUGUAUACACUUGGCUUGCAGCAGCAGCCACAAAGGGAGAGCGGUAGGAAAAGGAAGUCGAAGAAGGCGGACAGACAGAUCACCUCGCCUAAUGCCCAUGAGGGCCCUAUCAUGUCGCUCUGCGUGUCUCCUUUGAAGCAAGAGGCACUUGCGAGCGCCAGUGCAGACGAAACCGCGAAGGUUUGGGAUCUGACUACCGGCAGCUGUCUCGCUACGUACAAGCAUCACACCAACAAGGUGCAAGUGGCGUUAUGGCACCCUUCAGAGGCUUCGCUGCUGGCCACAGCGUCCUUUGAUCGAACAAUUCGCCUCCUGGAUGUCAGACAGCCCGAUGUUGCGGUGAGUGCCGAGGACGGCUCUAUGGAAUGUCUGGAUUUGCGGCGUGCUUCGGCUGGCCCUCCCUCUGCGGCAGCUGUAUCGUCUGCCAAAGCAGCGGCAGCGCCGCGUCUGUGGCGUGUGGCUGCGCAUACAGCAGCAGCGACAUCACUGCAGCAGCAGCAGGAGCUGCCGAACUUACUUGUUAGCUGUGGCUUAGAUGAAACCGCGAGGGUUUGGGAUCUUCGGCAAGUAAACACGGACACACAAGGCCCCGUCCUAAUCCACGAGAAGGACCUCAAAGUGGGGCCCCUAUUCAGCUGUAGGGCAAGCGAGGAGAGAGGUAUAUUUGGGUUUGGGGGGUCUCAGGUGGUUAUCUGGGACUUGGGAGAUACAGAGCAUAUUGCCAAGGCGUUCAACCUUUAA